ACCGAGCGGCGCGCUUUGAAUGAUCGCCGGGAGAAGCCGGUGGCAGAGAGGGGCGGGCAGUCUGAGUCCUCUGUUCAAAAAGCUGCCAACGUCCGUCUGGAGAGAGUGUGGCGACCUGUUUCUGCUUGCACUACGACACAAGACACGACUAAAGAGGACCGAAAUAUGCUCUCCAGAAGCGCUACACGAGUUGCUUUUUGUUGACUCAAGUUUCUGACCUUAAAGUGCGCUAAAGACCGCGUUGAACAAAAAAAAGGGAAAAAAGACACAACAGAAACAGCUACAAACCGCGCAGGUGGUACACGCUUUUGGCCGGAGAACCACCAGAUCACAUCAAGACUCACCGUCCAGAUUUUUUCCUCCUCUCACCUGAGUCUGACAAGGAAGAUUAAGAUGUCUCUGGAGAGUUAUUCAACGCUGGAUGAGUCCUCUCUCCGAGCCUUGCUGGAUGGAACCGUGGAUCUGGACGAGAGACGCCUCAUACGUUCGGCCAUCCGGGAGUUAAGGAGGAGGGAGAUCGAAGACAUGGAGGCCGCUCUGGCCAGCAAGAGAUUUCGACCAACACGACUCAGACAGCAAGAGGACAAGGAGAACCAGCACAGGUCAGAAUCCAGCGACACCUUGGAUGUCUUGUCAGGCAAACUGCAAACGAUCCAAGACAUUGACGAGCUCACGAAAAUGCUCCGUGCUGCCAGCGAGUAUGAGGAGAGGAAGAUGAUCCGAGCAGCCAUCCGACAGAUCAGAGACGAACAGCUGCAAGGGAACGUGGAAAGAGGUAAAGCUCCUGGACGCUGCCAUGAGACGGAGAGCGUGGAACCCCAGAGCAGCCUGGGAACUGGCGAGAGAGAGCGGGAGAGUCGCAGUGAGCAAGAACAUAUCAGAUCUCAGAUCCUGGAGUUACGCGGCCAGCAGACACAACAAAGCAGAGAGCUGCAGAGACUAGGUUCCAACUCAGGCAUGGUGUUGGUUCUGGACCACCUGGCGAAGGAUGAUGGCUCUGGACCUCUGCUGAUCCAGCCUCAGAGAGAAGCUGUGACAGCAGAGCCUGACCUGGUCCUGUCACACCGCCAAAGGUCAGACUCUACAGCUUCAGACCGCAGUGUGAGCUCGGUGCUUUCUAAGUCCAAUCUGGAUUCUGCGGCCCCAGAGAAGAGUGUGGGCUCAGCCUACAGAGCCCGGCUAGACUCUGGAGCCUCAGACAGGAGCCAGGGUUCCUCUCAUCGCAGCCGGCUAGACUCCGGGGCAUCAGAGCGCAGCGUCAGCUCCCAGUCCCACGUCAGGCAGAGACUGGGCUCAGAUGUCUCCGAUUCUGGUGUCAGACUCCGUUUGGGCUCUGGGGCUUCAGACAGCGUUGGGCUGUUGUCGAGAAAACGAACGGACUCGGGGACAUCCGACCAAAGUGUGAGUAUGUCCUCUGAAGAGAGGGUUCCAGCGGAGGAAGUGGAGGCGGCCAUGAGUGGCUCAGCUUAUAGCACGGAUUCAGAGAGCGAGAGCAGAAGCCAGGGUCCAACUGGCCCCCAGGCUCAGUCCAGCCAGGACCACAUCACCGACCAGGAUCAGCCGGAUGGGGCUGUCUUAUCUCGCAGAGAUACUGAAAACAGCCUGCUCAAUGGCACUGCCAAGGGAAAAACCGACAUCCUGAAAGAAAAGAUAACAGUUAGCAGUGAUCUUCUCGUCACUCAUGGCAAGGCGAAGGAUUCUGCACCUGAGAAGAAAGAGGUUAUAUUGGAACAAUUCAACCGCACCAACUCUGUACGUGAUCGGAUGCGCAAGUUCACAGAGUCCAGUCAGAGCCUAAAUGUCCCAGCUUUGAAGAAAACUCCUCUGAGGAACGGGGCCGCCUCCAGCAGCGGUGGCCAGACAAAUCUCUCCAGAGCUACUGAGCUGUUCACACACACAGCAGCAUCCCUCAGCACAUCUGGAGACAGGCCAGCAAGGCCACGUGUGGACUCCACAUCUCACACCUCUGGAAGCGCAUCCCAGAGUCAGGCCACGCCUCAGCCAAGAGGUGUGGCUAACAAACCUCUGUCUUCAGUCAGCCUAUCCCAGAACUCCAUGGGCGGGACAAGGCAUCCAGCUGAAAAGGAUGUGCACGCCUCCAGCAACUCAAAGGAAGACAGGACCCCAGGGAGAGCAGCUGGACAGCAGGUCACUCAGGGAGAGGCAGACCUGGACAUGAAGACUUUCCUCACCAUUGAGAUCAAGGAUGGGCGCACCACCACCACCUCCUCCACAUCCUCCGCCAGGACCAACAUUGUACCCAUCACCAACAUGACCCCACGCAUCACAACUAAUGCUCUGGGGCAGAGAGCAGAGCUGACCCUUGGCCUCAGAGCGACGCCGUUCAAGAUUUCUUCAUCCAGCCUCUCCUCUGGAUCCUCCAUCAAGAUGGAGACAGAGCCCAUUCUGGCCUCUGAGCCGGUGUUUUCAGUCGGGCCGACUGUCCAGAUGGAGUGUCACGUCCCAUCCAUCCCCAACGGCUCCACCAUCCAGGCCAAACCUCAGGAGCACUCCGGAAAACUGACUGCUGAACAGCUGGCUGCCAUCGAGGAUGAAGAGCUCCUUGACAAAAUGCUCGAUGAGUCAAAGGACUUUGAGGAGAGGAAGAUGAUCCGUGCAGCCAUGAGAGACCUUCGCAAGAAAAAGAGAGAGGCCAAGCUGGGAUGUACUCAAGAGGAAAUAGACCAGAGAGAAAAGGAGCGAGAGACCCGUCUGCAGGAGCUCCGGCAGCAGAGAGAGGAACGUUCACAGAAAGGUCGCCCAGGGGUCGGAGCGGGAGAGGUGGUGAUGAAGAAGGUGGAGAAGGCGGCGGAUGGCUCCACCCUCAGCCAAGUCACCAAGACAAACCGCUUCACACAGUCUGAUGACGGUAACAGAUCAACGCGCAGCACCAUCGUCGAGGCCAAUUAUGUGCAGAAAACGGACAGAGGGACGGUCCAGUCAAAAUCAUACAGCUUCACCUCUUCCACUUCUUCCUCCUCCUCUAACACAAGCAAAAAAGUGGGCAGUGUGUUUGAUCGUGAGGACGACUCGUCGUCUCGCGGCGGCGGCUUGGCUGCUGUGGAGCGGAGGCAGGCGGAGAGGCGCAAGGAGCUGAUGAGGGCUCAGACUUUGCCAAAGACCUCUGCAAUGCAGGCCCGCAAAGCCAUGAUAGAGAAGCUGGAGAAGGAGGGAGGCGGCCCUGGAAAUCAGGCGGUCGCCAAGGUAAACAAGGUUCAGCGUUCCACCAGUUUCGGUGUGCCCAACGCAAACUCCAUCAAGCAGAUGCUGCUCGACUGGUGCCGUGCCAAGACCCGCUCAUAUGAGCAUGUGGAUAUUCAGAAUUUUUCAUCCAGUUGGAGCAAUGGCAUGGCAUUCUGUGCGUUGGUGCACAAUUUCUUUCCUGAAUCCUUCGACUACGACUCGCUGAGCCCCAACAACCGCAGGCAAAACUUUGAGGUGGCCUUCAGCACUGCAGAGACCUAUGCCAACUGCAUGCCUUUGCUGGAAGUGGAGGACAUGAUGAUCAUGGGUAAUAAACCCGACUCCAAAUGUGUCUUCACCUACGUACAGUCUCUGGUCAACCACCUGCGCAGAUACGAGAUGUCCAUGGGUCGGCCCUGUGACCUCUGACCUGUGCUCAGUGAGCAUUCAUCUUUGACGUGGCGUUCACAACGGGGGUUGUAACCAGGCACCCCUACCCCUCCCCCACCCCUCCGUCCCCGGCUACAUCUUCAUCUGAUGACCGACUCUACGCUGACGGGCUGGGUCACAGAGUUGCACAUCUCCGAUGGACAAGCUGGGGAUUGUGUGUGUGUUUGUGUGUGUCAGUUUGCUUAUUAUCUUUGUUGGCAGUGGUGAUGUGUAUUCAUUUUUUCGCACAUUUCCUAGUGAGAGGGCGCCAAAGUUUUUAUAAAACUACAUUUUUAAGCUUUGAAAUUUUAGUACAUUGUUUUUUUGUACUCAAUCUCCUCUUUGUACCCGUUAGUAUUCAACAUGCAGUAACUGUGUCACUAUGCACACGUGCUGAGAGACACCUCAAGAGACAAAAGAGAAAUAUUAUUUAUAGUAUUCCCCUUUUUUAAAUUAUUUAUACCUAUAUUUUUCUCCGCUCCAUUUUUGUAACUAUAGUAAUUUGUAAGCAUUGCUUUUGGUGAUUCCAGUGAAGAAGAAAAAUAUAUCCAACCAUACGAUGCAUUAUUUGGUUUCCACUUUGGUACUUUUUUCAUUUUUUAACCAAACUCUGGUUGCUUUAAAUAUUUUAAUUAAGUUAUUAUUCUCAUGGUGAUGUCAUCAAUUAGGAUAUUACUAUUUAAUACAAUACAAUUUCAUUUUUCAAAUGGAUGCAACCUUCUCGUCGCAGUCCAGUGCUGAAUAAGCUCACCUCUCUGAACUCUACAGUGCCACAGAGAUGUUUCAGAUGUUUUUUAAUUUUUUCCCUCCUCCUGUAUUACUGUAUCAUGAUGUGAUUCUAACAGCAAAAUGCUUGCAGCAACUCGUUUUUCAUUCAGGUAGAAAAAAAAAACAGGAAUUGUGAUUACAGUCACUCUGUCAUAACGCUGAAUUGUAUCUGAAUUGUGUCUUUACAGCAGAUGUACAAAAAAAUUUCACAGCAAUGCCGCCAUCAUCCUCCAGCAUCACUGCCUCACCCUGCCAAACACACUCACACACAGCUCUUUUAGAGGGCUCUUUAUUUAUGCUUGAGUAGAUUUUUUUUUAAAAAUAUAUAUGAUUUUUUUUUUUUAUUUUGUUAGUGUGUAAAUGACGCUUUUAAAGUUUUGUUUAAAGUAAGUCAAUAAGCUCAAGCUACCGCAGUGUUUGUGAAACAAAUUGUCACUUUUGGGUCACAUUUCUGGGCUUGAUGAAAGCCGGCUUUCAGCUCCAUCAGCCACAAGUUUAAACAUGAGCUAUCAUGACUGAGCAUAAUUGCCAAUGUAUAUUUUACAACAUGAAACAAAGGAAAAUUUUUAAUUGAAGAUUUUUAUUUUCGUUUGUACAAUUAAGGUUCCUUUGAGAAGAUGUCUAAAAUUUGAUUGGUUUUCAGAUCUUCAUGCUAUAUUUUGUAGAUUUGCAGAAAUUAUUUGAGAAAUAUUCCACUGCUGCCAACUGAGAAAAAAAAUACCUUCCACGAAGCAGUGAGUGCUGUACAUAAGAGCUUGAACACAUCAUAAUUUCAUGUUUCUGUGCACCGCAGUUAAUGUGAAUUAACAAUUAAACCAAUUGGAGAAAUGAA